CCCAUAAAGAAGAACGCAGAAAGGAUCGUCUCGGAGCCGUGCCCUAAUCCAUCCCGUCGCGGCCGGCCUCUCUCUGUCUCUCGCGGCCUGACGCCAUUGCCGCCGCGCUCACGCCACGGCUGCCGCGCGUUCUCGACUCUACGGAAAGCCGCGGGUUUUGAAUCUGAAUGGUCGUUUCUGAAUUUGUGCAUCGCGAUCUUGUGUUGUCUUUCAUAUAUGACUUGUUGAUUUGCUGCCCGAUAUGCAAUCAGAGACGAGUGCACGCCAGUGGGACGGAACUCUUUCGCCAAAUGACUUCAAUUCUUCUGUAGCUGCUUUUUGUGAGAGGUGGAAAGAGGUCAAUGAUUCUCUUCCCCAAUGGUUGUGGGAACCUUUUCCGGUGGUCGGUGAUUCGUCGUGCAAUGCAGCAGGAUACUUAACAAUGGAGAACGUGUAUCAUCAGAACGCAAGUGAGGAAGUUAGUCAUGAGGAGAGCAUAUUAGGAGACGAAGACCUAUCUGACGAUGCCACCUUGGUUCAGAGCUGCGGCAAAGAUGACAUUCAUGUCUAUGAUUACCACAUAGUUUACAGCUUCAAUUUUAGGGUUCCCGUUCUUUAUUUCCGUGGAUAUCGAUUGGAUGGCUGCCCUCUGAAAUUGGAAGACAUCGAGAAAGAUCUUCCUGCAUACUCUCUCAAAGGACUUAGGGAAUCAAAAUGGACAUUCAUGACACAGGAGGAUCAUCCUUACCUACGUCGACCAUGGUAUACUUUACAUCCUUGUGGAACUAGUGACUGGCUGAAGGUUUUGAUCGGAAGCAAUGCGGCAAACAACCAGCCUCGGCCCCUUCACUAUUUAUCUGCUUGGUUAUCGGUGGUCGGUCAGGCCGUUGGAUUGAGAAUCCCUCUUGGACUAUACAAGUCACAGUGAAGGGUGUACCCAAUACACGAGGCUACUCGUAUUCGAUCAGGGUGUACCCAAUGCCGAGACUAUAUAAGUCCGUCGGUCAGGAUGUACCCAAUGCACGAGGCUACUCGUACGGAGAUUUACCGGUGAGAAACUGACAAUUAGCCAAUUCAAAAUUUCUCAUUCGAUGCUUCAGCUUAAUCUUGAUCUCAUUUUAAGUGCGUGAAAGUGAUUGGAACUGAUAUUGUGUGUGAUUAAGCAGAUAUCAGUUAUCUCAUAUUAUCCCAACUCUGUAUGAACUUGUAAUUAUUGUCUUAUUUAUAAAAUAAAGAAAAAGCAGAAUAAUAUGGCU